AUUGGAUAAACGCGGCUCGCGACUGACUUUUAGCCUUGUUUACUGCUAGCUAGCGGUUUUAAAUUCAUUCGCGUUUGGCAGCAGGUGGAGCAGACGCUACGGAAAUAUUUAAAGGAAAACCUUCUCUUUUGUUGAAUGUAUUCGAAUGGCUGAACCCUCGGGGACAGGUGCAGAAAAUCCUGAUUAUGCACCAGGGAGGGCCAGCCAGUCAGCGUCCAGAAGGGGUCAUCCACUGCCAGGCCACAGUCGAAAAUGGGGAGAUCACGAUCGAGUGUAUACGAGAUCAGGCUACUCAAAUCUAGCCGGUCGUCCAGAAGAGCCAAAUGCAGUCUAUGACCGUGCAGCUGCACACACAUCACACAACAGUUCAUCUAGCAGAUCUGAGACAAGGGCAGUGAGGGGAAGAGGAAGAGGAGCGAGAGGAGGUAGAGGAGGUAGGGGUAAUAGCGAGCAUUGGUCCCAGGGUCCAAGAUGGUCAAGGACUGAAAGUGAUCAUGGCCCCUCGGUUCAGGACAACGGAUCUAAUGUUGGCCGACAAUCCAACACCUCACCUCCCUACGGAUCCACAGAUGGGGAGAAUCAACAAAAAACCCAUGGAGAAGCCUACAUGGGCGAAUUCCAACGUGAGCCCAGAGAAACCUGGCCAAGAAUGUCCAGGAGAGGCAGAGAUGCAAGAAAGCCGUUAACCAGACACAAAGAUGCAAAUCAGGACAAUCACGCAGCAGAUGUGGAUUAUACAGCCAGUUUAUCACCCACUGAACUAGAGCACGAGCACAGGAACAACAGAGGAUGGAGAGGAGGAGGACGGCAGGGUUACCCUAGGAAGAAGGGGCCCGCUUUACACGCUAGCAGCCAAGGGAACUGGAGAGAGAGAGAGCCACCACACGUGGACAAGGAGGAGGAGAAACCAAGGGAAGACAAAGCCAGAGGAAGCAAAGAGGAGCCUAACUGGAGAGGUGCAAGUGGAAAAGACCAGUGGAGGAGACCCCAAAUUCAAGAGCAAGGACAAAGGAGAGGAGGACGUCCCGAGAGGAGGACUGGGCCAGUGAAACGUGUUGAGCCACCCAAGAACAAAGAGACCCAUACAGGUUGCCUCAUCGAGCAGCUGACGGAAGAGAAGUACGAGUGCAUGGUGUGUUGUGACGUGGUUCGUGUCAUGGCGCCGGUUUGGAGCUGUCAGAGCUGCUUCCACGUCUUCCACCUGAACUGCAUCAAGAAGUGGGCUCGCUCCCCUGCCUCACAGGCUGACGAGACUGGCGAAGGCUGGCGUUGUCCUGCUUGCCAAAAUGUGGCGUUAAAGUUCCCGACAUCUUACGUCUGUUUCUGUGGGAAGGUGACCAAUCCGGAGUAUCAGCACAGUGAGAUUCCACACAGCUGUGGUGAAGUUUGUGGGAAGAAGAGGACUAGCGGAGACUGCAAUCACCGUUGCAACAUUUUAUGCCACCCAGGCCCUUGUCCACAGUGUCCAGCAUUUACCAUCAAAUCCUGCAUUUGUGGAAGAACCAGUAAGCAGGUGCGCUGCAGUCAGACAGGAGGUCUGCGUUGUGACCAGGAGUGUGGCGCUCGGUUAAACUGCAAAAAGCACUGCUGUACACAGGUUUGUCACCAGGGCGCGUGUCAGCCAUGCCAGCUCCGUGUCCAGCAAGUGUGUUACUGUGGGGUGGUGCAUAGGGACGUGGCGUGUGGGACCGACCAGGAUAGCUUUGAUGGAUCCGGAUAUUUCUCCUGCCACAAGCCAUGUGGAAAGAUGCUGGAAUGCCGAGCCCACCGCUGCCAACAGGUGUGUCACCCUGGCCGGUGCCAGCCAUGCCCUCGCUCACCCAUUGUGGUGCGUAGCUGCCCCUGUGGACAGACUCCCUUGGCCAAGCUGCUGGAGCUGGGCUAUCCAGAGAGACGGUGUUGCACUGACCCUGUUCCAUCCUGUGGAAAGAUCUGCAGCAAACCACUGCCUUGCGGUGACAUUGACACUAUUCAUCUGUGUGAUAAACUUUGCCAUGAGGACAAAUGUGGCCCGUGUGCUCUCACCUCCACCAUUAAGUGCAGAUGUGGCAGUAAAACCAAGGAGGUUCCAUGUGCUAUGAUCCACAGCGAAGAUGAAUUGAUGUUUACCUGUGAGAAACGUUGCAGCAAGAAGCGCUCGUGUGGCAGGCACAAGUGUGGAGAGAUGUGCUGUGUGGACACUGAGCAUAAAUGCACAAUUAUCUGUGGCUACAAGCUGAACUGUGGUCUACACCGGUGUCAGGAGGUGUGUCACCGUGGAAACUGCCAACCCUGCUGGCAAACCAGUUUUGAUGAGCUGGCCUGCUACUGUGGUGAAACUGUCAUGUUCCCACCUAUCCCCUGUGGCACCAAACCACCCGAGUGCAAAAAUCCCUGCACACGCCAGCAUGACUGUGAUCACCCAGUUUUACACUCCUGCCACAGCGAGGACAGAUGUCCUCCCUGUACCUACCUCACCAAGAAGUGGUGCAUGGGCAACCAUGAGCAAAGAAGUAACAUCCCAUGCCACCUGCAGGACAUCUCAUGUGGUUUGGUCUGUAAUAAGUUGUUGUCCUGUGACUCCCACUACUGCAAAAGAAUAUGCCAUCGUGGAGAGUGCCAAGCUGAAGGUGACUGUAAGCAGCCUUGCAUUCACCCCAGACCUGAGUGUGGGCACCCCUGUAAUGCACCAUGCCACCCUGGCACCCCCUGCCCACACACCACCUGCACUGCCAAGGUGGCAAUGCAGUGCGAUUGUGGGCACAGGAAGGAGACCGUACCCUGUACAGAGGCAGCCAGCUCCUCCCAGAGAUAUGCAGCUAUUGCUAUGGCGAGUAAGUUGUCGGAUAUGCAGUUAGGAGAGUCUGUCAACAUCGCUCAGCUCACUAAGAAGGACCAGAAACAGGCCAGGCUGGAAUGUGAUCAAGAGUGUGCUACACUGGAGAGAAACCGGCGACUUGCGGAGGCGCUGCAGGUUGAUCCGACAUGCGAUCCGUUCAACACCAAAUCCUCCACGUGUAAAUACAGCGACUCUCUCAAAGAGGAUGCCAGAAAGGACUUCAAGUUUGUCAGUGAGGUGGAGGAGGAAAUCAAGAAUCUGGUUGAACUAGCAAACAAGGGUAAACAGCCAAAGAGGAGUCACUGUUUCCCACCCAUGAAGCGCGAUCAGCGGAGAAUCGUUCACGAGCUGGCAGAGGUGUACGGCUUGGAGAGCAUCAGCUACGAUAGCGAACCCAAACGCAACGUUGUCAUCACCGCCGUCAGGGGGAAAUCUGCAUGCCCUACCUCCACUCUGACUGCACUGAUCGAGAGAGAGACUGCUGCCCGGGCCCCACCACCCAUUGCCCAUUUCAAACAAUACAGCAGCAAGGUUGACGGUAACAACGCUUUGCUGAAGAAUGCUAAAGAAGAGUCUAUCGAUUACUUUGACAUUCAGGAUUGAUUGAAACUGUGAUGUAUGUACAGUAAUGGCCGCUGUUCACGUCACUGCAAUCACAUCCAAUAAAACUGGGCACUUGUGUA